UGCACCCAUGUACUGUGUGUGCCUGAGGGAGAAAUGCCUUCUUUCCCUGUGUUUCUGGCCUCUAGAGCAUUCCCCCCCAGGAGUAGCUUUUCCCAGCUUUCCUGCUGCUGGUCUUCAGUCUGCCCUGAAGCAGCAGAACUCUCCCCUUUCCUCUGCUGCCAAGGACAUGGAGCACCCAUAGGAUCUUUACACCGAGGUGACGAGGUGGGACUAGCCUGGUCUCUCUCAUGCUCGCCACACAGCCUGACUGAAUUGGAUAUUAGCUCUCAAACCUGGGUUGUUAAACUGAAUACCAAGAGAAUGCUCCCCUUGGAAAUAGGUCUUAGACUGUGGGACUACUUUGGCUCUGGAAAUAGUACAGGACCUUCCCUGGCACUGUGAAAUCAGCCCUCACAAAGAUGGUAGGAAUGUCUUAAUUGUUCUGAGCUCCAGUUGUUAAUGCUGAUUCCCACCAGCGUGGCCUUGGACCCAAAGAUGUUUUUCUCUGUGAAAUGCCAGGUGCUGUUCACUGUUGCCCUCCACUCCCAGCCAAGAGCCUUUUUUCACCUGCUCCAUUCUUCCCCCUGGAUUUUGUCAGGGAACGGGGGCUUCCUCACCCGUUUCCGUAGGAGCUCACUGACUCUGCACAGACCAGACAAAUGUUCCGUGUUUGCACUAGUGUUUGAUGCUGCUCAGAUCCACAGCAGGGGGCUUUUACUGACAGUUCCACCACGGAGCUCCUUGGCCCCCAGGCAGGCAGCUCCUCACACACUCCCUCACACAAACAUCUCCGCUUUUACAGACCUGCUCUGCCCACCCCGCUGCUGAGCGCUGGCUGUGGCUCCUCUAACACUGUUAAUGUGUCUUCCUUAAAACUGUUCUGACAUGAGUGGUGUCUCUUGGGGGUCUGUACUGGGACCAGUGCUAUUCUGUGCCUUCAUUGGUGCUGUGCAGAGUGGGAUCAAGGGGACCCUCAGCCAGUCUGAGGAUGAGGCCAGGCUGUGGGUGCAGCUGGGAGAGGGGGGAUGUCAUCCAGAGAGACCCUCAGGCCCACGAGAACUUCAUGAAGUUCUGUAAGGUCAAGUGCAAGGUCCUGCACCCUCAUCUGGUCCUGCCCUGAAUCUUCAUCAGGGCAACUGCUGGAGAAGAGACAGCUCCAUGAGACUGUGUUGUCCUGUCCAUGUCUAAAGGGAGGUUGUAAGAUAGAUGGAGACAGGACAGGGGGCAACAGUUACAAACUGACAGGUUGGGUUUAGGUGGGACAAGAGGAAGGAAGGUCUAAUGGUUAGGUGCCCAGGGCAGCUGUGGCUGCCCCAUCCCUGGGGCCAAGUUAGACAGGGCUCUGAGCACCUUGGUCUGGUGGAGGUGUCCUUUGAAAUAAGCCACAUCUUGGGUCAGACACUCUGUGUGGCACAUGGAGCUCCAGCCAAAGGGCUCAGUGCUGUGUGCCUUGGAACUGGCUGUGCAGGGGCAGAUUAGUGCCUAGUGCCUCUGGGCCACGUGCACCUUGCACAAAUGUUCCCUCUGCACAAAGCUGCUGCCUUGGCUGCUGACCUCUGUGCCUUGAAGGUGGGAACUUGUCUUGCCAAGCAGAUGCCAGUCAUCAACCUUGGAGCAGGGAUCUUCCGCUCCUGGAGAGCCUGUGAGUGCUGCCAUACCCCAUGGGAGAGACUUCUAAAUGUGGUGUGGAGUCCUGAGUUAUUCUAGGGCUGCUAUUUUUAGUAGCAGGGAGUCAUUUGCAAGAGCACACAACCUUGCUUCUGUUUCCAUAGGGAUAGGGGGAAAUAGCUGUGCUAACUGACACGGGAGAAUAAAGAACGUGAAACUAAUGACUUCUGGAGUCUUUAAUUUUCCUGCAUUUGUGUGUUUGCUUAAAUUCUGUAGUUGGGAGUUCGGAGGCUGCAUCACAUUUGGACUGUCACAUCCUGGGAAGGAGGAUUCAUGGUGGGUGGGCUGGAAGCAGGUGCUGCUCUGCCUGCCUGGGGUGGACGUGACUCCAGCACACUCCAGCUGUAGCAGAGAAGUGAAAUACAGGGAGCAGAGUGAAUGGAGAGGGUGGGGACAGAAACAGCUGGCACUGGCACUAGGAGUGCUGUUGCCAAACAGGGGACAAGUGGGGAGCUCAGCCUACAACAAGGUGAAAAAACUGCCUGAGCUUGUCCCUUCUUUGUCAGAGCAGUGCACGGAGUGGGGAGUCCUGUAGAGCGGGAGGGGCUCCAGGAGUGCCGGCAGGACAGGGCUGAGCUGGGGCUGUGGAAGUGCUGGUGCUGUCAGGGCCACGUGGCCAAAGUCAGCCAGUCCCAGAUGGUCCUCUGAGCUCCACUGCCCCGCUGAGCCCCAGCUGAGCUGCUGCUCUGUGGUGUGGGGCAGAGCCCUCUCUCUGUUCAAUGAGGAGUGAGGCCCAGAGGCAAACUUGCAAGACCUUGCAGGUUUAGCUUACUGCUCCCUGAGCCAAGUGCUUCAGGGUUGAAAGAAACAUAUUUUCUGGAUCUUGUGCCAAAACCUGGGGCUGUGUUUUGUGACAGCAGUUUCCCUUCCUCUAUCCGGUGCCAGAAGUAUUUUUGUUGUCCUAAUCCCAAGGCUCAAAAACUUCAAUUGUAGUGGAGCCCGAGCUGGUUUUGGGCCAGGAGCAGCUUUGUGCUCCAGGUCUCUGUAUUUAAUUAACCAGUUCAUAGAGAUCAGUGUGAUGUGUUACAUGUUGAAGCAAGGUCAGGGUUCUAGGGUAAGGCCUCAAAGAUAAACCUGUUUAAUUUUGGUUCCCCUUUUACUUGGAAAUCCAAAGGAUUAUUUCCUCCUUUUCAGUUACAAUAGUUCAGGGGAAUUUUUACUGCUUACUUGAGUUUUCAGUGUCCUGUUCCUGACCCUGCUUGUGGGACUGGUGAGGCUGAAGGCUGAUGUGAUGGCACAGGGCAGGGCUGCAGGAGCAGCCUGUCCCUCAGGGGAUCUGCUCGGGCACUGUGUGGAGACUGAAGUGGUUCCUUCACCUCAUCCCCUGUAAAUCUGCACUGUGGGGCUUGAGGGAUGAGCUGGGAGGUCACGACCAUCUCCCUUUCUGGCUGUGACAGCUGACAGAGCCAAGACAACUGCAUUAGUGCUUAAUGAAGGGCCAGUGCCAAGAGCAGCAUCUGGUGUGGGGGUACAAAGCCUCCACAAAUCCUUCGUGUCUGCACCUUCCUGUCCUGCCAAGGUAGGGCUGGCGGGGGUAAACCGAGGCAAGAUCGUGCUCUUUGCAAAUUGCUAUCACAGGUGUCCUUCUGGGAAACAGGUAACGUGUGGCAAAUGCAAACAGCUAAUAAGAACAGCAUGAGGGGAAAGAGAAGUGCAGGUCUGGAAAUAGUUCCUUGCAUAAAGGACUAGUGCCUCAAUCUCAUUAGUGUCUUAAGGAGCGGGCUCUUGGCCGCCUCCGACUCCUGCGACGCGGAGCACAAUCUGAUCAGCAAUCGGCUUUGGGACCCCGGCAGGUGCCCCGUUGCACCGGGACACGGCAGUGCCCCCCGGGCAGCUGCUCCGGCUCCUCCGAGCUCGCAGCGCUCAUCCCAGCCAGCGCCUGCCCAGCAGGAGCGUUCCCAUGGAGCCGGAGCUGCCGUCCCACGGCCCCUAACAGGAGUCACGGCUCCCGAGGGCCAGGCACCAUGAGGCACCUGGGGACCAGGCGCGCGAGCCUCUCGGCCAGCCUGAAGAUCGGGGAUCACCGGGGCCGCCGGCGGACCCUGGAGGAGGAGGCACUGCACAUCCCCUUCGCGCAGGACAGCCUGGUAAAGCAGUGGAGCUCCCUGCAGAGCGUGGCAGAUGGAAACGAGGAGAGCGAGACCCCUGUCCAAAGGAACAAAUACCUGCUCAACAUCAAUGUGGGUGGCAAAUCGUUCCAGAUAGCUUGCAAGGUGCUGGCCCAGUAUCCCAUCACGAGGCUUGGGAAGCUGGCCCUUUACACGGACCCUGCGAAGAAGCUGCAGCUCUGCGAUGACUACUUGGUGCAGAAGAAUGAGUACUUCUUUGACAGAGAUCCUUCAGUUUUCCACUACAUCUUCCACUUCUACCGCAGUGGGGUCCUGUGGGUGAUGGAUGAGAUGUGCCCCAGUAACUUUGUGGAGGAAAUCGAGUACUGGGGCAUCCAUCUGAAAUACUCCCAACGCUGCUGCCGGAUCCUGUUUGAGGAAAAGCAAGAUGAACUCAAUGAGUACCUGAAAAUAGAGAAGGAACUGGAGGCAGAACUGGAGCCCCUGGACUCGGGGCAGCAGUUUGAUGGCAAAUUUCUGGGUGGGUUUCGGAAGAUGAUCUGGAACCUCAUUGAGAACCCGUACUCUUCUGUCCCAGCCAAGAUCAUUGCCGUCAUGUCGAGCUUCUUUGUGCUUAUCUCCAUCGUAGGCAUGACACUGAGCACAGUGGAGGAGAUGAAGAACAAAACAGGGAAGAUGUGGAUGGAGCAGAUGGAGAUGAUCUGUGCCAUCUUCUUCACCUCCGAAUACCUCAUGCGGCUCAUAUCCUCCUCCAGCUUCAAGAAUUUUCUGCGGGCAGCAUUUAAUGCGAUAGACCUGGUGGCCAUCCUGCCCUUCUACAUCCAGCUCCUCUUUGAAAACCUGGACGAAGCAGACACGCUUUACCACGAGGAGCUGCACAAGGUGGAGAAUGUCAGCAAGCUGGGCAAGGUGCUCAAGCUCAUCAAGCUCAUGAGGAUCUUCCGCAUCCUCAAGCUGGCGCGCCACUCCACCGGCCUGCGGGCCUUCAGCUUCACCAUGCGCCAGUGCUACCAGCAGGUUUGCUGCCUCCUCCUCUUCAUUGCCAUGGGUGUCUUCACCUUCUCGGCUCUCAUACACUCGGUGGAACACGAUGUCCCCGGCACCGGCUUCACCAGCAUCCCGUGUGCGUGGUGGUGGGCAGCGGUCAGCCUCUCCACUGUGGGCUACGGAGACACCGUGCCUGACACAGUGCUCGGCAGGAUGGUGGCAUUUCUCUGCAUCUCCUUUGGCAUCAUCCUCAAUGGCAUGCCCAUCUCCAUCCUCUACAACAAGUUUUCUGACUACUAUGCCAAGCUGAAGGCUCAUGAGCUAAGUCAGUCACACCAGCUCUCCAGGAGGAUCCGCCUGAAGGAGCGAGUCAUGCGGAAGCUGUCGGAGUGCUGGAGAGACGACCCCCGCUAUCACCGCUGACCACAGGCCCCCCAUCCCCGGACACCCCCUGCUCUCUAUCCUGGCCAGCAGGUCCUGUCCUCCAGGGAGGCUCUGACCCAUGGGCAGUGAGUCCCAGCAGCGUCCAGGGCUGUGCUGUUGCUCAGCUGGGCCCCCCUCACUGCUUUGUGCCACACCCCUGGCCCACAGAGCCACCUCGGCAGCUGUCCUGCCCAGGCAGGGUGUCUGUGUGUCUGUCUGCAUGGGCUGACUUGUGGGGCACCCUGGAAUCGCAGGGAGUGAGCAGUGGGAUGUGUGGGGCUGGACUGUCACCUGUCUGAGGACGGUGGCCCACUGUGACACCUGCACAGGUGCUGCUCUUCUCCCCAUUGAGUGGAACAUGCACGGGCUCCCCCUGCCCAGGCCCUGUGACUCCCUCCCAGCCCAGCAGAUGAGCAGUCCAGGCCAAGUCCAGCUGGGAGAUUUGGGUGAGGAUUUGCAGGAAAGGCUGCAACCAUGCAGCCUUCCAGACAAACCCACUCUCCUUCCUUCUGCCUAGAGCCUGGAGGCACAGUCCUUCCUCGGGAUGCUGCUGUGAUGGGACCUGGGGGCACUGUGGGGUACAGACCUUGUAGUCCAGGAACAGGCAUUUAAUAAACCAGGCCCAAACCCUU